AUGAAAAAUCACACAUCUGUGACAGAAUUCAUUCUUCUUGGAUUGACAGAUGACCCAAGGCUAAAUAUUUUGAUUUUUUUCCUUCUCUUUGUUAUGUACAUAUUGAGUGUAACUGGAAACCUGACAAUUAUCACCCUUACCCUGGUAGAUACACACCUCAAAACUCCUAUGUAUUUCUUCCUUAGGAAUUUCUCUUUCCUGGAAAUCUCAUUCACAACCGUCACUAUUCCUAGAUUUCUGGUCAGCCUGGUCACAGGGGACAGGACCAUUUCCUACAGUUCUUGCAUAGCCCAGGUAUUUUUCUUCAUCCUGCUUGGUUCAACAGAAUUUUUCCUCUUGACAGCAAUGUCCUACGACCGAUACAUAGCUAUCUGUAAACCAUUGCAUUACACAACCAUAAUGAACAGCAGAGUCUGCAACCAGCUUGUCACGGGUUCCUGGCUCAUUGGGUUACUCAUUAUCUUCCCGCCUAUAAUAAUGGGACUUCAGCUGGAUUUCUGUGACUCCAACAUCAUUGACCAUUUUACUUGUGACACUUCUCCUAUGCUGCUGAUCUCCUGCACAGACACAGCAUUCCUGGAGCUCAUGGGAUUUUUCCUGGCAGUAUUAAUACUCAUGGUAACCUUAAUCCUAGUGAUCCUUUCAUAUGCAUUCAUCCUUAAGACAAUUCUGAGAAUCCCUUCUGCUGAGCAAAGGAAAAAAGCCUUUUCCACUUGUUCCUCACACAUGAUUGUUGUCUCCAUUUCUUAUGGAAGUUGUAUUUUCAUGUAUGUCAAAACAUCAGCUAAGGAAGGAGUGGCUUUGACCAAGGGUGUAGCGGUGCUCAAUACCUCUGUUGCCCCAAUGCUAAACCCUUUCAUUUACUCCUUACGGAACCAGCAAGUAAAGCAAUCCUUUAAGAACUUGGUCAAAAAAUGUUUCUCGAAUAAAUUUCAAUCAUAA